UAAGUUAAAACUUUGAUCACACACAACAUAAAAACAAACUCUUAAUUAAUUGCUUCACCUCCAAAAAAUGGCCACCACCACCACCACCUAUGCUUAUGGUUCCUCUUCUCAAAGAUCACUGGGCAUGGUGCUGGCUCUAGUCUCAGCAGUGGUGUUGUCUCCCUUAUAUGCCAAUUCAAAGAGUGAUAGGAGGUACUAUGAGUCAAAAUGGAGCUCUGGUGGGUUUGUUCUGCCUAUGGUUCUUGCUGGACUCAUAAUUGCCAUAAGAACAACCUCUUCAUCACCAUCACCAAGAGCUUGUUCAUUUCUACCAUCUCCUGAGCCUUCGUGGGUGCUCAGAAUUGGAAGCUCUUCUUGGGGUUUGGCGGGGAUUCUCGUUAUGCUUAUGCUUGUUCUUUAUUGGCAAGCCUCGGUUCAAGAAUUCUUUUGGAGAUAGAGCAUGGGAUCAUCACUAUGUCCUCUUUAUUUUUUGUCUCUAUGAUGCAUUUAUAUUUAUUAACGUAAUAAUAUUAGAAAGCAGUUUUUAAGUUAUGA